GGUAUAUUUCUACCAUGCUACGUAUGUGUAUACAUACAUGCUCUUCAGCAGUAGUUCAGCUUUCAGCUCUGCUUGUUUCAGCUUCUGAAUAUUACAUCAUUUAUACAUUUUAUUUAUCAUGGGUUUAUGUAAUAUUGAAUGUAUAGAAAAAAUAGCGCGAUAUCUCGAUGUUUCCCCAAGAAAGCUGGAAUCGUUUGAUAAAAAUGUAGUGUUUAUUCCGGAAUAUGAAAAGAAUUUGCCAUCUAUUCAAGGCUUUAGCACUAUUGUGCAAGCGCUUGUAAAAAGUUCAAAAUGUUCCGAUAUACUUGGCUGUAAUGAAAAAGAAGCACAGGCAUUAAUACAGCAGUGGCUAGAAUACAUUGUAAUCUGUGUCAAUUAUGCGGAUGUUCCUGUCAAUGCUAAAAGAAUAUUAAAUGAACUGAAUACAGUAUUAAAAGUCGUACCAUAUAUAACUGGUACAAAGAAGACUAUCGCAGACAUUGCGUUAUAUUACGUUUUACAUUCCAUAAUGAAAGAAUUAAAUCUUCAGCAAAAGGCACAAUAUGUUCACGUAUCGAGGUGGUUCAACAAUAUCCAACAAGAGGAGAAAUUGAGACGGGAAUUGGAAUUAAUAUCUUUUAACUUAUUACACAUAUUUCUGUAAUUGAAAUAAAAUGUUUUAAAGUUAUUUAUGUACGAUAUAGAGUGCAGAUUAAAUGGAUUUGAUAAUUGUA